AUGAGUUUUCCAAUUAAUAAUUAGGAUAAGGAGUCUUUGGCUAGGUCUAUUUGGCCAAAAAGAAAACCACUUAAGAGUAAGUGGCAGUCAAAAUUUUACCUAAAAUAAUUAAUUGACCAUUACAUUCACAUUCUGCAAUCCAUCGUUAGAAUAAUUGAUGUGUAUGAUUAGGGUACUCGAGUUUAUGUAGUUUAAGAAUUCUGCAAUAGUGGCACCUUAUUUGAUUUUAUGAAAAAGAAACCCCAAUAUAUGGGAGAUACCUUAUAAAAGAAAGUUGAUGAAGCAUUGCAAACACUCACGAUGGACAAUUUUGAUAAAUUCUUUACUUAAAACUAUAUUAAAUUGGAGUUACAAGAAAUGAGAGCAGAGUAUUUCUUAAAUUAUUCCUAUUUUUCGAUUAGGGAUGAUCAAUUACAAUCUAAAUUUGAUGCCAUCUUUAUGGAUUAAUAGAAAAAGGCAAAAGUUGAAUACAACUCUAAGAUUAAAUAAUUACUGAACUUUAGAGAUAAAAAUUAUAACUCUGAUGAAUAAUGGUUGAUUUAUGUUGCAGAAAAGCUUAAAGACUAUACUGAAAAUGAGUUUGUAUUAUACAUAAAAGAAGAUUUAGCUUAAUUUAAAACAUGGAGUUGA